AUGGCCAUCCCCAGAAACUCUCUAGGAGCUUUUCUCAGACAAGCAAAAUCCAGCUUGAAAAAAGCCAUCGACCAGAAAGAGAAGGUCACUUUGGUAAUUGGCAAUGAAUCUGCAGAUCUUGACUCUAUCACGAGUUCAAUCGUAUAUGCAUAUCUCAAGUCCAUCACACACUCGACAAAGUCUCCUGCUACCUUACAUAUCCCUCUCUUGAACAUUCCCGAAGUGGAUAUAAAUCUGAGACCUGAACUUUUGGCUUUGCUACCACAUGCAAACAUCCACCAAGACCAUCUCAUCACUUUGGACGACCUUCCCAAUCUCGGCACUAUAAAAGAAACCUUGGUGCCAGAAUCAACAAGAUGGAUCUUAGUCGACCACAACUCUUUACAAGGAACCCUCGGCUCUAUCUAUGCAGAUCGCGUAGUAGGUGUAAUCGACCACCACGCCGACGAGCAAAAAGUCCCAACCGAUACUGGAGAUGAACCUCGCAUCAUCACAACUGCUGGAAGCUGCACAAGUCUGAUUAUAAACCAUUGCCGCGAAGCUUGGGAUAGUUUGGCCUCAGGAACAUCUUCUACAGGAGCUGCUCAUGCACAGGGCGAUACGCUUAUGGAAGAUGAAGCCGUGACGUCUCUCUGGGAUGCACAGGUAGCGCAACUAGCUCUUGCUUCCGUGGUCAUCGACACUAUGAAUCUUGAAGACGAACACAAGACCACUCAGCAUGACAUCGACGCUGUAAAAUACCUCGAAGCCAAGAUCAACCAAUGUCCAAAGAUUGGAGCUCAAUUCGAUAGAAGUGAAUUCUUCAAAGAGAUCAACGAGGCCAAGAAGGAUCUCAAUUCUCUUACUGUUGAGGAGAUCUUGAGAAAAGAUUACAAACAAUGGACAGAAAAUGGAUUGAAUCUUGGUACCAGCGCAGUGGUGCAACCCAUCUCUUUCCUCAAAAACAAAAUCAACGAUGACAAAAACGACAACUCGUACCUGCCUCUCCUGCAUACGGCCAAACAGUUUGCGCAAGAGAGAGAUUUGUGCAUCUUCUCCAUCAUGACAGCCUACGAAGCAGAAGAUGGAAACUUUGCUAGAGAAGUCGCUGUGCUAGCAGUGGACGAGAGAGGCUUUGCUGCAUGCAAAAAGUUUGCAGACUCGUCGAGUCAAAAGCUUCAAUUAUAUGAGGAAGAUGCUGAUGAGAGUGGUGAACACUGGUUCCACAUCUGGAAGCAAGGAAAUCUUUCUGCUAGUAGGAAGCAGGUUGCUCCGUUGCUUAGGGAAGCCAUGUCAGGAUGA